CAAGGGAUCAGAUCAAUCUCCAUUAUUGUGAUGGGUGAAAAAUAUAUGAGAGCUUUUCUGACGGCGGUGGCCAUGAUCCUGUGUCUUAUCUCCGCCGUGCAAGCUAUUCAAGGGAAUGCUGUUUUCUAUGGACCGCCGCCUUAUCUUCCUUCAGCAUGCUAUGGGAACCAAAGGAAUGGAAUAAUGGUGGCCGGAGUCAGCGAUGCGUUGUGGCAAAACGGAAGAGCAUGCGGCAAGAGGUAUAGAGUUAAAUGCAUAGGAGGAGCGAACAAAGCACCGCACCCUUGCAAGAAUGGUAGAACUGUGGUGGUUAAAGUUGUCGACUACUGUAAAGCCGGAUGCCAGGGGAUCAUCAACCUCUCUCGAGAUGCUUUCUCGACCAUCGCCGAUCCCGACGCCGGUAUAGUCCGAGUCGAACUUAACGAGAUUCGAGUUUGAUGCUUCUACCUACUCAAAGUCAGAUGAUGUUAAUCGAAUAAAGAUAUCUUCUUGUGAGUUUACUUGUUAUUUUCCUAUAUUUUACUUUAUCAAAUGAAUAAAACUAUGUGCUUGAUGAUGUAUUGUUAGGAAUUUGUGAGCGGAAAAAUAGACGAGCGUCAGAACCAAAACUUGUAAUAACAAAGAACAGCGAGCAAUA